UUCGAUUAAAAGUUUCAAAAUUCAAUGGUUGGUUGACUAAUGUUUGAUAAUCAUAGGAUAAGUCCAUAUUCCCUAAACUUGUGUUGAUGAGUGUCAUUUUAGUAUUUUAUUUCCAUUCCUAACCUUCAAUAAUUCAAAAGUAUUUUAUAGGAAUAAUGAUUUCACCAUUUAAGAUAUAUUUUUAUAACAAUUUGGGAACAGUCAAAGUUUUGCAAAGAAGAAAUUUCACGAAUAAAUUUAAACAUAUUAAAGAUGUUGAUUAUCAGUUUCUUCAGAAAAGUAAAGUGCCCACUAUGCACUUUCAAAAGUCACUACCGAGAUUGCCUAUCCCAGAUUUACAAAAAACUGGCGAUCGCUAUUUGCGGGCCUUGAAACCACUCCUAACAAACUCUUUAUAUGAUGAUGCACAACAACGUACUUUGAAAUUUGUAAACGGAGAGGGACUUGAAAUUCAAGAAAAGUUGAUUAGUAAAGACAAAAUGAACAAGAAUACAAGCUACAUUUCGGAUUAUUGGUUUGACCUCUAUUUGCGGGAUCGAGCUGCCUUACCGAUUAACUUCAAUCCCUAUCUAGUGUUUCAAAAUGAUAUCAAACCUGAAUAUAAUGACCAAUUGAUUAGAGCAACGAAUUUGUUAAUAAGUGCUGUAAGAUUUAUGUUAUCUUUGAGAGAACAUAUUUUGGAACCAGAAGUUUAUCAUUUGAAUGCGAAAAAGAGUGAUACUCCGUUAUUUAGAACAGUUACUGGAUUAUUACCUGAAGCUAUCUCUUGGUAUGGUGCAUAUUUAUUCAAAGCAUUUCCAUUAGAUAUGAGUCAAUUUGUUGGACUAUUUGGAGCUACACGUUUACCUCAAAUAGGUAAAGAUAAAUUAUUCAGGGAUCCUAAGAGCAAGCAUGUUUUAGUCCAAAGAAGGGGAAGAUUUUAUGCAUUUGAUGUCUUAGAUAAGGACGGCAACCUAUUGUCUCCUGCUGAAUUACUUGGAAACCUAUCUAAAAUUAUUAGAGAUGACACCGGUUCGGCUGAACAUCCCCUAGGUUACUUGACCUGCCAAACUAGAGAUUUGUGGGCGAAACAAAGAGCUCACCUUGAAGAAAAUGGAAAUAAACAAGCAUUACAUGUAUUAGAUACAGCUAUAUUCAACUUGAUAUUUGACGAUGAUGUUAUAGAAGAUGAUAAAAAUAAACUUCUGAAACAUUAUUUGUGUGGUAAUGGAAAUAACAGGUGGUUUGAUAAAUCAUUCAGCUUAAUUGUUACAAAGGAUGGAGUGUCUGGGAUAAAUUUUGAACACUCUUGGGGAGAUGGAGUAGCUGUGCUAAGGUUCUUCCAAGACAUAUACAAUGAAACAACAACAAAACCUUUUGUACAUCCAGAUUCUCAACCAUCAACCUCAAACAUUACUGUUCAAGAACUACAAUUCAACCUUGAUGAAAAAUCGAAGAAGUUUAUUCAGGACGCAAAGCAAGAAUAUGAUAACUGGUGUGACUCCUUGAGCAUUGAUUACAUAUUAUAUGAAGGCCUCACCAAAGGAGCUUGCAAGAAAUUCAAAGUUAGCCCAGAUUGUAUAAUGCAACUAGCUUUUCAAGCGGCAUAUCAUCUGAUAAAGGGUAAAUUCGUUGGAACCUACGAGUCUUGCAGCACCUCUGCCUUUAAACAUGGACGUACUGAAACAAUGCGACCGUGCACCGAAAAAACUAAGGCAUUCUGCGAAGCUUUAAAUGUUCAUAAAAAGUCGAAAGAUGAACUUCGAGUAGCUAUGGGCGAGUGUUCCGCCUAUCACUCUGAGUUAGUAAAACAAGCUGCCAUGGGCCAAGGCUUCGAUAGACACUUGUUCGCUCUUAUGAAGAUCGCUGAAGAAAAUGAUAUACCAAGACCAGAAUUAUUCGAUUCAUACGAAUAUAAGUUCCUAAACAAAUCAAUUCUUAGUACAAGUACUUUGUCGGCUCCCAGUGUAAUGGCAGGUGGAUUUGGACCAGUUGCACAGGAGGGAUUCGGUAUUGGGUACUCGGCUUUUCCUGAUAAACUAGGUGCAGCUGUGAGCAGUUAUAAAACGCACAAUAGUAGUACCGAAUUUGUGCAAGCUCUUCAUACAUCGUUUUUAGAAAUCACAAGGAUUUUGUCUGGAUAGUUAAAUCACUUCAGUCAUUUGCGAGUUUUAAAUUAUUGUUUUUAUAUCUUAAAAAAACCUAUGUUCCGUUAUAGUAAGUUUAAAAAAAUAUAUUAUUAAGAGUACGCUAAAGGAAACGGAAGUUGGAGGUUAUCCUAUUCAAUGAAUGUAAAAUGACAACACUUGACUUCGCCUGUGUCAAUGCUAAUGUAAUGUCACUGUUCACACUUAUGCCCUUGUACAAAUGUAAUCAGUGAUCAAAUUAAUAGCAAGAGCGCUGUGAGCUCGUAAUUUAAAAAAAACAGAACGAACUAUUGACUGCUCCUAAAAUCAAAAUCGGGAAGUGACCAAAAACGGAAUAUUUGUUGUUGCAGUAUAUUUAAACAAAAAUAUCUUCAAAUCAUAAUUCCGCGAUUUGGAGUCUACAAAAGUUUAAUGUAAAAAGUAAAGAGCAAAUGCCGAAAGGGAGCGGCUAUCUUUAGAACAUCGCUCAGUGUGCUUAGUGCGAGUUUUUUAACGUUCUCGAUAGCGUAAAAGUUAACCCAAUUUAGUAUGCAGUUGGAACAGCGCCCCUAGCGGCAAACGUAGGUAAACGGUCCCAUUCCAUACAAAUAUGAGCUAACUUUUACGCUAUCGAGAACGUUAAAAAACUCGCACUAAGCACACUGACCACCAAAGUUGCAGACAUCGAUCCUAUGCUAGAGCUAUGAGUAAGCAUAGUUGAUUGAUAGAAAAUAUAAUCAUAUUUAUUUUAUAAAAUUUAUAUUAUAAUAAGAUAAUAAUUUAUUGAUGAUAAACUUGUGCCUUGAGAAAGUUACUGCUUGUAAUAUUUCCGUAUUUUCCGUCCUUUAAAAUUUUUCAUACCUAUACUACAUCGUGAUUAACCAAAAUUUGAAUAAUUUUUUGUAGUCUAACUGGAAUUUCCGCUAAAACUUAAGUUUUUUUUUAUUUAAAAAGACUAUCAUCGUGUUAUUAUGGGGACGGUUGCCAGGAUUACAUGUUUUAAUAAAUGCUUUUUCACUGCACGCAAUGUAACGCGCAGUCCAGUCUCGCGCGAGGCGAAAAGGCGUCCGCCAGAUGAAUUCGCUUGAGAUUACGCGCUCACAAAAUAUGUAUGAAUUUACAAAAGCACAAGACAUAUUAAUCAAUUAACUCUUAGCACUUUUUUUUUUGCAUUUACCUACGUUAAGUAAUUGUCAACGUUUAUUUUACACCCUGCAUAUUAAGCUAUGUAUCGAACUAAUAUAAGAUUUAAUCAAAUAAAUGUUGUAUUUAAAUUAUUAUAAAUUUAUAAUAUUGUUAUACUUUUACAUAAUUUUAUAUACUUAAAAAUGUUUGUA